ACUUCCGGUUAAAUUUCCAAUAAAACUGCUUCAGUCGGAAAUAUACUCAAGAUACUGCUGUAUGAAACUUUCCUUUGUAUUAUGUUUGGGCAAAGUUGUUUAUAGAAUGAGUGAACCCCCUUUGAAAAAGAAAAGAACCCUAUUAGAUUUUUUUAGAAAGAAAACCAAAUCAAAUAAUGAUGAACCAGUAAAAGACAAAAAGGUGGAAAUUAUUGAUGUAGAAAUGGCUGAAUCUAAACCUGGAAAAAGCUCAAAACCAGCAGUAAAUCCUGUGAAAAAAGUUUUAAAUGACAUUUCUACACAAGGGCUUGGUGCAUCAUUUGAUGGGAAAGGAGCUCAAGCAGCCAAAACUUUUACCGAAAAAACAGACAAGAUUUUGAAGUCAAGUUUUGGAGACACUUUCAAAUAUGAUGAAACAAUGGAAUAUAAUAUGGAUUCUGAUGUAGCAGACUCUCAAGGUUCUCAAGAUGGAGAUAGUGUAAAACCAGACAUACCAACCAAGAAACCAAGUCAGAGAAAAGCUAAUUCUGAUUGGAAGGGAAAACCUUUAAAUAGACUGAAUAAAAUACCUGACUGCAUGGAAAAAUUACCAGCUUUGCAUUCAACAGAAAAUCAUACAGUUCUUAUUAAAGUUCCGUAUAAGUAUGAUCCAAAGACACCACCAACGCCUCAUCCUGCACAGUAUAAAGACGGUUGGAAUAAUGACCAUGUGAAAAUGCCAUGUUCUCCACAGAAUGAAUAUCCUUUCCAAGGCAAGAAUAAUAAACAGAUAUUGAGGAAGAGGUGGGAGAUUAUAGAAGAGGCACUUCUAAGUAAAAUACCAGGUCCAUAUGAGUUAGAGGACAUAAUACUGAAAUACAAUUCACGGUAUUUUGGCAAGUGGAAUUUUGAGACAUUGAAGUGUCUUUUUACAGAGGACCUUACACAAAGUGAAAGAAAUCAUUUUUUCGGUGAAGUUCUACCAAAAAUUGCAAAGUUAGCACUCAAUUUGCCUCAUUUAUGUACUCAGCCCAUUCCAUUAUUGAAGAAAGGGAAGACAAGGAGUAUAACACUAAGCCAACAGCAGAUAGCCUGUUUAUUAGCUAAUGCCUUCUUUUGUACAUAUCCACGUAGAAAUGCUAAAGGGAAAAGUUCAGAAUUCUUUAAUUAUCCAAGUAUUAAUUUUAAUAGUUUAUAUGAUGGAACUCCUAAUUGUGUAAAAUUGGAAAAAUUAAAAUGUAUCAUUCAGUACUUUUCAAGAGUCACCAAAAAAAUGCCUACAGGACUUGUCACAUUUACCCGCCAACAUGUAGGUCUUAUUGAUUUCCCUAAAUGGGACAACUUAGAUACAACACUGAGAGACUUACAUGUAUCUGCUGAAGGAACCAUAGAAGAUGAUGGGGAAGGACUUUUACAGGUUGAUUUUGCCAACAAAUAUUUAGGAGGUGGAGUUUUAACCCAUGGUUGUGUUCAAGAAGAAAUAAGAUUUUUAAUUUGUCCUGAAAUGAUCAUAUCACGGCUGUUCACAGAAGGUCUUGAAAAAAAUGAAAGUUUGAUAAUGAAAGGUUGUGAAAGGUUUAGUUCAUAUGAUGGAUAUGCUAGAACUUUUGAAUGGAAAGGAGACUAUGAUGACUCUAAAACUCCAAGAGAUGAUUGGGGAAGAUUGUGUACCCAUGUGACUGCCAUUGAUGCCUUGGUUAUCCACCAUUAUGAUAGACAGUUUAAAGGUGAUAUAGUAAAAAGAGAAUUAAAUAAGGCCUACUGUGGAUUUGUGUCACUUGGAGGAGCAAAGAAUCCCCCUCAUGAAAUAAAUUUAUCUGCGGUCUGUACUGGUAAUUGGGGUUGUGGUGCUUUUGGUGGAGAUAAAAAAUUAAAAGGUAAAAUACAGAAACUAAUUGAGGAGUAA